UGAAGCGGAAGCCAUUGCUCUCGGGAGGCGACUGCGGCUCUACACAUGGGCGGGGGAGGGGUGCGGCUUCCUCUGGGCUGUUGGGGACCGUCCGCUUCCCCGCCGCAGACCGGUCCUGCUGUAUGAACUUGGCGUCCCUUCAGCGGCAGCUUCCAUGACCUCCACUCCACCCGAUUCUACCCUCAGCCUUAGACAGAGACGGCCAGCAAGAGAGGGAACACAAGCAGGAUGCCUGCUUGAGGAGUCCCGUGACAGCGAGAGGGAAGCUUCCUGUGCCAGUGCCCUAUUGUUCAGGCGGAUUGGCUGUCAUUCUCACGGGAUGGCAGCUCUUAUUCUGUCUCCCACAUGUGCUGUGUCCACCCAGGACCCUGCCUAUAUCCAGGAGUCUGAAGCUCCUCCUUCUUCAGAAGACCAUUCCUGUUCUCAGGAUGUGGACCUGUUUGCUUGCAGUGGCCUGGAAUCCCCCAUGCCAGCUGGUGUUGGGUCUCAGGAGUCAGUGACUUUCCAGGAUGUUGCUGUGGACUUUACUGAGAAGGAGUGGCCCUUGCUGGAUUCUUCUCAGAGGAAACUGUACAAAGAUGUGAUGUUGGAGAACUACAGCAACCUCGCCUCAGUGGGGUAUCAGGUGGGCAAACCCAGCCUCAUCUCCCACUUGGAGCAAGAAGAGGAGCCGAGGACAGAAGAGAGGGCGCCUCACCGAGCCACAUCUCCCGAUUGGGAGGCUCCAUCUAAAAGCAAAUGGUCCAUUCUCAUGGAAGAUAUUUUUGGGAAGGAAACGUCCAGCGGUGUGACAGUGCAGGAGAGAACACGUCUCGGAGAGAAAUCCACGGAGUACACUCACCUGUUUGAAGUCUUCAGCAUGGGCACGCACCUGACUCAGCAGAUAGGAAGGCACGCUGGCAAGAGGUCCUAUCACCGCCGGGACUGUGGGGCAGCUUUCAAGAACAGGUCACAUCUAGCCCAACACGUGAGCAUUUACAAUGGGAGGAAAAUGCAUGAAUGUCACCAGUGCCAAAAAGCCUUUACCACAAGUGCGUCCCUUACACGGCACAGGAGAAUACACACUGGGGAGAAGCCCUACGAAUGCAGCGCCUGUGGGAAAGCCUUCAACGACCCCUCUGCCCUCAGGAGUCACGCAAGAACGCACCUCACAGAGAAGCCCUUUGACUGCAGUCAGUGUGGAAACGCCUUCCGCACCCUCUCCUCCCUGAAGAUACACAUGAGAGUCCACACGGGGGAGAGACCUUACAAGUGUGACGAGUGUGGGAAGGCGUACGGCAGGAGCUGCCACCUCAUUGCACACAAACGAACACACACUGGAGAGAGACCCUACGAAUGCCAUGACUGUGGGAAAGCUUUCCAGCAUCCCUCCCAUCUCAAAGAGCACGUCCGGAAUCACACUGGAGAGAAACCCUACGAAUGCACGCAGUGUGGAAAAGCCUUCCGAUGGAAGUCGAACUUCAAUUUGCACAAGAAGAACCACAUGGUAGAGAAAACGUACGAAUGUAAAGAAUGUGGGAAAUCCUUUGGUGAUCUCUUGUCACGGAGAAAACACAUGAGAAUUCAUAUUGUGAAGAAACCCAUUGAAUGUAGACAGUGUGGGAAAGCAUUCCGAAACCAAUCCAUCCUUAAGACACACAUGAAUUCUCACACUGGAGAGAAACCCUACGGGUGUGACCUGUGUGGAAAAGCCUUCAGUGCGAGCUCAAACCUGACCACACACAGGAAAAUCCACACUCAAGAGAGACGCUAUGAGUGUGCUGCCUGUGGGAAGGUGUUUGGGGACUACUUAUCCCGGAGGAGGCACAUGAGCAUUCAUCUGGUAAAGAAGCGCGUUGAAUGUAGGCAGUGUGGGAAAGCCUUCAGAAACCAGUCGACCCUCAAGACACACAUGAGAAGUCACACAGGAGAGAAGCCGUACGAGUGCGAUCAUUGUGGGAAAGCCUUCAGCAUUGGCUCAAACCUUAAUGUGCACAGGAGGAUACACACUGGGGAGAAGCCCUACGAAUGCCUGGCCUGCGGGAAAGCCUUCAGUGACCAUUCAUCCCUUCGGAGUCAUGUGAAAACUCACCGGGGAGAGAAGCUCUUCGUGUCAUCCGUGUGGAAGAGGCUCCAGUGAUGCAUCUUCUUUAGGGGAAGCACAAGAGCUCAGACUGGGGGAAAGCCUCGUUGGUGUAAGGAAGGCAGGAGCACUUUGACGAGCUCAACUGGGCACAAAAGAGUACCCGUACGGGAGAAAUCCAAUUUGUGUCAUGGCUGGGAAAGACGUGUUUUCUCUCAUCACUGUGGGGAUUUGUGAGAACUCAUGCUGGGGGCAAAAACAUACCUGUGGUGUCCAGAAGCUGUCAGUGUACAUUCGACUCUUUAAAGCAAAUGAGAACUUGAGGGAGAGAAACCACAGCUUGGUAUUUAAGGUCAAGAUGACUUUAGCACCACCCGGCACCUUCUGGGCAUAUGAGUAAGCACGCUAGGGAGAAUCUCUGUAAAUCUGCCCGCUGGGCAAACCUUUACUGGUCUCACCUGUAUUCUUCAUGAAAGAAAUCAUACUAAAGAGAAAAAUCUGUAAGGUAGGAAUGUGGGAAGGUCUAUAACAGAGGACAGCAGACGGGCCAACUGUCUAUUUUUGUAUAGUUUGCAAGCUAAGAAUAGUUGUUCCAUUUUUAUUUUAUUUUAUUUCAUUUUUUUUAAAGAUUUUAUUUUAUUUAUGUGACAGACAGCCAGUGAGAGAGGGUACACAGCAGGGGAGUGGGAGAGGAAGAAGCAGGCUCCCAGCA